CAGGAAACCUAGCCGUCUUUCUCCCCAAAUCGAGUCCCCGCAAGAAAUUGGCUGCUGGGCGCGAGUGAGACGGCGGCGGCGGCGGCGCCCAAUCCGCCCUUAGAUCUCUUUCUGACAGCAGCGCCACCGUGAUCUCACCGCUUCACAUCGUCCACCUGGGGCGCCCUCCGGCAUGGCGGGUGUUGGAAGGGGGAUGGGGCGGGGCAGUGGCGAUGGCGAUGGCGAGUUGCGAACAGUGGGGGUCGUCGCCGGCGUCCAUAUCCCAUUCCUAGAUCAAGAGGCUAUUCUCGCGUGUCAUGGGAGAGGUCAUGGCAGCGGCAGUGCAACUAUCCCCGUCGGCCGUUCAUCGGGAGGACAAGCAACGGGAUUUCUGGAUGACAUCAACCGAAGCGGAUUUGCCACCGGGGUGGCUCGUCAGGGUGGCAUAAGCAGAGGCCCGGAGGUUCCACUGCCGAUUAAAGAACCAACUAAAGGUAAUGCAAAUGAUGUAACAAACAUAUGGUGUCAUGGGAAAUCAUUGGAAGGACAAGCAUGGGAGUGUGGAUAUUGUGCUUUACAUAGACAUGGUGGGGGUGCAACCCGAUUCAAGCAGCAUAUAGCUGGAUUGGGCCCUCAUGUCUUCUCUUGCAUGAAUGCACCUCAUCAUGUAGUUGCCAUUUUUCGGAAAGCCAUUCCAGAGGGAGAGGCCCGAAGGAGGACUUCCAAAGAAGGAAAGAAAAGAGUGGUAGAUGAGGUCAAUCAUAUAAACAGUCAAGGUGCAUCAAUACAUAUUGAUUGUGAAGAUGAAGAUGAUGAGAUACUCCAGCAGACCCUACGAAAUUCAUUACGUGGAGAUCAUGGGAGAACCAGCGUUGUUAAAGGAAGUGUAGGGAGCAGCUCAAGUGGUGUCAAAGACUUUUUUGACGUUGAUUUGGCAUAUAGCAAGACUAGGCCACAACAGACAAUGGAGGCGUGUAUUAACAAGGUGGAAUACGAAUCUAGGAUUGGGAAGGCUUGGGCAAAAUGGUUUCAUGCUAAUGACAUCCCUGGGCACAAAGCCAAUUGUCCAUACUUUGUAGGAGCAAUAAAAUUGACUCAAGACCUUGGCAAAGGGGUGCCUGCCCCUAAAGGGAUAGAUAUUGAUGGAAUAUAUUUAAAUACCAACUAUGAAGAGUUGCAGCAGUAUGUGGCCAAUUUCAAAGAUGAUUGGCCCACAUAUGGUGUCACUAUCAUGUCAGAUUCGUGGACUGGCCCUUCACGGAUGAGCAUUAUAAACUUUAUGGUGUUCUCCAAUGGGCGUAUGUAUUUCCACAAAUCUGUUAAUGCCACCGGACACAUGCAAAAUUCAAAGUUUGUGUAUGAGCACAUCAAAGAAGCGAUUGAAGAGAUAGGGCAGCAACAUGUUGUCCAACUCGUGACCGACAAUGGCUCUAACUUCAAGAAAGCAUGUCUUGACCUUGUUGCAGAUUUCCCACACAUCACAUGGCAGCCAUGUGCAGCUCACACCAUUAACCUCAUGCUGAAGGAGAUGGGAUGCUUUCCUGAGAUUAAUGAAGUGGUUAGUAGUUGUAAGAGAAUUUGUAGAUUCAUGUACAAUCAUUCAACUUUGCAUGCUGAAAUGCAGAAGCACAUAGGUGGAGAGUUGGUGCGACCGAAUGCCACAAGGUUUGAAACUAACUUUAUGUUCCUAGAAAGCUUUUGGGAUAAGCAAGAGAAAUUCCAAGUGUGGAUGACAUCUCCAGAGUGGAAAAAUAGCUCAUGGAGUUCCGAGGUUGAUUAUGACUACACAUAUGAUUGUUUGAUAAGUAGGACCUGGUGGAAUGGUGUGAAGUGGGUGCUGGAUUUAAUUGGCCCAAUAUAUAGCAUACUUCGAUAUGCUGAUUCACAAAAGCUUGGGUCACUUUCUGGCUUUAUGACAAAGAUGAUGCAUGCUAGGCAUCAAUUGAGUUCAUUGUUUUCUCAUGAUUCUCUAGACCAACACGAGUACCUAAAUGUGGUUGACAAAAGGGUUGAGCAUUUAUACAAAAACACAUUGAUGGUUGCAGCCGGUGUUCUGGACCCGGCAAGUCACUACAAGUAUAACUUUGGAAAAAGUCUAUCACACAUGAGGGCACUCAAUGCAGCACUUAAGAAGUUGGCUAGUCCUUCAGAGUUCAUUGCUAUGAUUCCUGAAGUUCACUCUUAUGUCAAUACAAGAGGGGCUUUUGAAGGCAUGUACCCUCGUAGUGCAGCUGAAAAGGUGUCCCCAACUGAGUGGUGGAUAACAUUUGGAGAUACUACACCGGUGCUUCAAAAGUAUGCUAUCCGGAUUGUUUCUCAAUGCACCUCUUCAAGCGGUUGUGAGCGGAAUUGGAGCACAUACGCUUUAGUGCAUACACUAGUGAGGAACCGUCUUGGUUUUGAAAAGUUGCACAAGAUGGUUUUUUGCCACUACAACCUUGGGCUGCGAAUCCGACUAAUUCUUGGUGAGACAAAAGAGAAAGAGGUUGAUACUUGUGCGUUGUUGAUGAAUACCUCUCUCUAUGAUUGUAACAACGAAAUCAUGGAUUGGCUGGGCAACUCAACAAGUGAUUCCAUGCAAGAUGAGGAUGCGUAUGAUGGUGAUGGUGAUUGUCCAGUGGUCGUAGAGGUGGGACAAAAGAGAACUAGAGGAAGUGGGAUGCCUCCAAGUGAGGAGGAAGAGGAGGAAGAGGAGGAAGAGGAGGCAGAGGAUGUAGAUGAUGGGGAGGAUGAUGAAGGUAACAAUGACGUGCUGCCUAACGAAAAUAGUGAACCUCUGCGGAAGUCUACAAGCAAAAAGGAGGAAGAGGAAGCUUGAUUCGUUUUAACGAAGGAGACUUGCAAGUCUAGAAGGAACUGAAUGACAAUUUGGUUUGUUGCUCAAUGCUAUGUACUGUGUAAUUGACCGAAUCGAUGGUCUUUUGUUAUGGGACUGUAAUAUAUACUGGCUGCACUUCUUUUGUUGUUGGACUGCUAUGUGUCUUCCUGUGUCUAAUCUUAAGUUUAGUCUCUAAAGUCUGAAGCUAUAUUAUUAGACUGCAAUCUCGUGGGCUUGUGGCUGAUGGUUUAUGAGAAUUGUAUAUUUUUGUUGGUCGUUCUA